AUGCUUAGGUUGACAAUAAUAAAUGCUCCAGUUCCCACUUCGUCCUCUUCAUUUUACAUCGCUACCGAGUCUUCUCUCAACGAAGUAAAUCUGGAAGACGUCCCAAUGGAUGUUGUUACUUCAGAUGGGGAGAGUGAGGAAUAUACCAAAGACCCACCUUCAGACUGUGCAAAUCUGCUGUCCGAAGUUCUAAACAGACCGCUAUUCGACGUGGUGAGCAGCGAUGUAAGUUCUCUUUCUCGUAAAGUAUCCUUUACUCUACCUAAGAAUUUAGCUGAUCUAGAUGAAAUGGAGUUAAGGAGUCGAGCACUACGUAGUCUUCUCCUUCAAAGACACUCCCCAAUAAAAGAUGAACACCCAGUCUCAAGCUGCUCAGAUAAUGCAGUUACUAAUCCGUCAUCCUCCGCAGCUUCUCUUGUGACGAAAACACUCUUCAUUGGUUCCGGAAAACAUCUGUCACAACGUGCUGCUCAAAACAGGUUCGUUAUUACUGUUUCCAAUACGUCAGAUAGCGAUACUUCCGACGACUGUUCUCCCGUAAGACGCGUAAUGCAAAAUACUGGUAAUCCGGACACCAGUCAUGAUGUAGUUUUGCUUUCAGAGAGAUUAUCUUCAUCUCCAACUCCAGCCUCACCUAAAAUGGUCGUCACAACAGCUUUUGCCACAACCGGAACGGCUGUUGCAACCGAUGCAAUCGAUACUACAACACGUGCUGCUUAUCCUAUGACUUCCACCGUAAUCCCUUCAGUAUCCCAAACAAAUCCAGCCACCCUUCCUGUGGCAAAGCGGUCACCAACUACGGAGUUAGCGCAAGGGAGUCUUCUUCAAAGGAAAAUGGAGCUCUUGCGCCUGACAUUAACAGUUAAGCGGCAGCAACGCAUAGUGGAAGAACGGCGUCAACUAACUAACAAACUAUUCAGAACGUGCAGCGAAUUGCGCGCGCGUAUGAAAAGCACAAGGAAGUUGUACAAACAAGCGUACAACUCUCUUCAACAGGCGUCGCUUGCACAGCACAGUUAUCAGCGACAACUUUUAUCAGCUCAACGGCGAUAUGCACACGAAUGUAAUAAUGUAAGAUUAAGUGCUAAGGAUAAUUUUCCGAAUCAAACCAGAAAACUAUCGGCCGCUCCAGACAAGUGUAAGCCUAUAUCAGCUGCUUCUGUUGAAUCGAUCGCACUGUUAAGAAUGCGUAUAAUGCCCACUUUCUUGAAAAUAUUACAAUACAUCAAAGUAACGACACCCUAUUUCACAUUCUACCGGUUGGAUAUCCCUUUGACUUCGAAAAUGCCUUAUACUCUGCCAACUUCGGAACAUAUGACCAAUCACAGUUUUUUGGGUCAAAGUAGCUCUCCUAGGAAUAGCUCAUGUGCCGUAAACGUGGUCGCACGUGUCGAUCCUAAUGUUCCACUUUGUCCUUUUUCGCUUGAUGGAGAGUGUAAGGAUAUCGAAUGUUCAUUGCAACACCCCCCAAAUGCUUUGGAUAAAUUGCCAUCUUUUCUUUCAUCAACCUUGCUCGAUAAAGAAACAAGCACAACUUCCCAAGCCAGUCCAUCCGUUUCGGAAGGUGAGGAGUCUUGUCCAGUGUGCAAAAAGACCUUAUCGACCAGUACAAUGGACUUCAUUGAGCCUACUCUUCGCAGGUGGCAUGCUUUGUACUUGGGUUAUAAACGGUCUAAUGCAACGGGUGUGCUGACUGAUUUUUCUAAGGUCUGCUCCACAAGUUUGGACCUCCUUCGCCAGGCAGCGGAUAACUCUGAACUUGUAGAUCAUCAUCUUGCGUUGAUACAUUCUAAAGCAAGAGGGCUAAAGACGAUUGAUAUUGUGGAGUGUUUAAAAGCAUCAGAUUAUUCUCUCGCCGCCUGCAGGUCUGUGUUUCGCAGUCCAUUACUUAAUGGAAUGGUACGUAGGUUGAUAGCUCGUUCAGCUCUGGAGACUUUGCUGCUUCAGAUUAACCGUACAACUCACACCGAAGAUUUUACCUUCGCUCUAUCCACAUCAUUUAUUUGUUUGGCCUAUCACUUGUGUUGGCUACUUUCUGAGUCAUGCACUAUCGAUUCGGCCUGUUCUCUUCUUGAUAAACUUCUUGAGGAUGUGAACAAGAAACAUCCUGUUCGGUACGGGUUAUGGUGGCUGAAGCUGUUGCUGACCUUAGGCCAACGAAUUCCAGCUGAGGACACCCUUUUCUCUUUGCUGAAUUUCCCUAAUUUCACCAAACGAACUGUAGCACAAUGUCAGUCUCUGAUCGAAGAGGCUGUUUCGGAUUUGGGAAUUCCAAAAACUACAGCAGCUGUGGGGGAUAUGCCUGCCUUCACUAAGGAAUCAUGUUUACUAAGGACUUGUUAUCUUGCUCUGGUUUACUUGUACAUACAGACGCUAUGUGUGAACCAACAGUAUCAGGUGGCUGGGGAACUUUGUUUACACUUUUCAGCGCUCGAUUUUUUGCAAGAGUUUGAUGACUUAUUCUUCCCAACCGCAAUUUAUGUGUUCCAUUUUUCCGACGCAUCUCUUGACUGGCCGUCUUUAUUAAAAAAUGUACCUGAAUCAUUACGCCCUACCCUGACAAUUUCCUUUCGAAUAGAGUUCAGUUUCUUGUUAGCUAAUUUGGCUUGUCGCAAGAAAUCCUUGGAUAUCGCCCGCUCUCUGCUACUGGAAUCUUUAGCAGGUCUGACCUUUUUACCAUCUGACGCGGAUUCAGAUGUACUGAAAUCUUUUGAAGAAUUACUCGGUGUUGAUGCCCCCGAGUACGAGCCUCUUAUUCUUUCCGAACUAUUAUCCUUCCGUGGGAGAACGUAUUUAUGGUUGAGUUACUGUUUGUACAGUCUUCUCUGUUCAGUCAACACUGCUGUUCCACUGAAGCACCUCAUGGAGUACUUUCAGAAGCAACAAACAACAGAGACCCCAACAGAGGAUAGAACUACCUUCGAUAGACUCCUUCUGCAUAUGAUAGUCACACUGGCGAACGGCCUUCUCACAUCAGGCAUGACCUCAGACUACUCACAGUGCUUGAGCACUAUUUUUCUCGACCGCCCGCUCGCACCGCAUGCACACGCCGUACCAUCAUGGUUUAUUGAGCUGAUACAACGCAUCAGUUUGACUCAGUUUUCCUCAUCCGGUGUGCGACAGGAUUUGUGCGUCCGGUUGGUGGAAACUUACGGUCCACAUUUGGUCCCUCCACUUUGCCGAACGCUUUUCGCCAUGGGAGAUCACUUUUUGGCGCAGAGUUUGUGCGCGAUUGGACGCCUGGAUAAGCCCUGCCGAGAGGACUUCUGGCUGCUGUCUGCUGCGCUCUUGCUUAGCGAGUUUGGCAAAACAACCACCCCGACCGCGUCGCGGCAAAGAAUUGUCAGGUUGCAUGAGCUGUUUUCGGAUGCAAUCUCAGCCGUGCCUUCCAGCUCGGUACUUUGGAAAUAUUGUGCUCUGGUGACCAAGGCAGUUGGAACCGGAACUGCGUUGCUCCUCAAACGGGCGGGCGAGUUUGGCAUGCUUGAUACGAUUUCGGAGUUUGUAAAGGAGAAAGAACCGAUGGGUACCUCGGCAAGGUCGGUCUCCCGUUCUGACCCGAGUCUUCAUGGAACAACACCACUUUCAGGGAAGAAACGGAAAAAGGGUUCCAGGAGAACAUCUCUUUUUAUAAAACAGUCCCAG